AGGUAAGGCCUAACAUACUGAGAGCGAAAUCUGAUCGUGUGCGACGGGGAAAACUUUGAAUGAGCUUUGCACAUAAGUGAUGUACAGUUUCAAUACGAGACAAAUCAGUUUCUGUUAGAGAAAACCAAAUAGGCUUCUAUAACUUUGCACCUGUCAUUGGAUUGAUCUCAGUACCGAAAAGGUUACAAUGGAGUGGGGCAAAACAUUGACUACGUAGCUUGUUAACAAUCACAUUGAUAUCUGGACAGCCAGGUUUGAAUUUGUUUAAGAAGAUGCCGACGUGUUUUGUCCCAACAGCCUCUGAGACAACUUUAUUGCCGAGAGACCAGCUCCGCAUCGUCUUUGAGAAAGCAUUUUUACCUUAAUUAAAGACAAUCACAACAGACUUAGACGCGUUGUAUUUGAAUCUCCAUUGACAGCUGUAAGUGUAGCAGAUAUCCUUGAGAUUGUCCAGACCACGUUUACAAAGCGAUAACAACGUAAUAUCGUCAGCUUGUGUUGGAUAAGUUACAUUAACGUCUUGAAUGAGAAAUGAAUACUUUGCAGCGCACGAAUCAUUUAACAAAUCAUUAAUAAAAAGUGUAUAGAACCAAGGGGAGAUAAUGCUUCCUUGACGCGUACCUUGGCAGACUUUGAAAAAAUCAGAAACGAAGCCUUCGUGCAAAACAGCACUAAACCUAUUUUCAUAUAAAGAAGCAAUAAUAUGAAUAUACUCUGAUUUAAAGCCGAUGCUGGCGAGUUUAAAAAAUAGGCCAUUAUGCCAUAAGCAGUCAAAUGCUUUGGCGGCAGCUAGGAAGCAAGCAAACAAUUUACUGUUAUUGUCACAAGCAUACGAAACAGACUCGUGGACUAAGUAAGACCUGUGGAAUUCGUUAAAUAAAACACAUAAACAGUUGUAACAUCAAAAUCUUCACCUGAGGUUUCGGAAUAUAUAUCUGCAAAAUCGUAAGCUGAACUAUCUUUGCAGUGUCAUUUCUGUAUUCUAGGGUAAUAAAGGAUUACAAAUAUGCAAAAGAAACUAUAAUUAUAAAAACUGAAACAUUUAAUGUGGAAUUCAUACUUUCAGGCCCAAUACUGGAAACUGGCUUACAGAGCAUAGCAACAUACGUACACUUAUUUAAUUUGAAUACAAUGUAAUGUUGAUAAGAUACUGGGAAGUAGACGUUUGAAAAGACAAUUUGCUAUGAUGUCAAUAAUGCGAAGGUAACUGUAAAUACCGCAAAUGCUGUAAAUUUUCAUAUUAAUUAACAGUUAAUCAACCAAAUUCUGCUUAAAAACAUCCCUUUAUAACACCUUUUUUAUUUUCUGUAGCAUAAAAUAAGCUCAUGAACUUGUCCACAUCACAUCCAUAACAAUAUGCAUAGCAUCACUUUGAAGGCGUUUCAUUGAUACCACUUUGUAAAAGUUAUCUCGAAAGAUUUACUGAUGGAAACUAGAAUGUUACAUGUAUUUAUUUCACACACAAAAAAGUUAAAUGGUAGUGUUCUAGUUUCCUCCCUCAUGUCACACUUCUGGUACUCAUUAGUGUGGAUAGACUCAUAUAUAUAACAUAUGAUAUAUCCUUGUUCACGUCGUACCUUCACACACCCAAGGAUAUCUAUUAUAGCUUAGGUUGUUGCCCAAACGUUGGCUGACGUCAUUUUAGAAAAUAAAUAUGCGCCUCUGAGUUUUAUGAUCUUGUUGGGCGAUGUAGGUACCGUUUAUUCAUGUGUUUUCCGGGCAUUAUUCACAUGGGUAAGUAUUUCUGUAGGCUCGUGACAUUAGUGUAUUAGAGUUCUUUCCCUUCGUACAUGUUCGUUGUCUACAAAACCAUGGGUAGGUAGGAAAAAGACCCGAGUUGAUACAAGAGGUAGAAAAAACAUUGAAAAUGUGUACAAGUACGGAAAAUCUUAUUACACAAUUGCAAGGCGAGGAAGUUCAUUAAAUUGGAGACGAUGUGGGCGACCAAAAUUGUCAACAAAUCGGGAACAACUCGGCGGCUGAUUUUGCGGGACCUGACUGCACGAUUCAACAUUCGGGUAGGAUACAUGUAGGAUACAUUUAUUAUCCGAUUACCGGGAACCGUAUGAGGAGAGUUGGUUUCUGUCAACAGAACAUUGUGUGGAAUGUCCGGCAAAACAACCGGUCAAAAUUGUUAUUUUAGUGACGAAACCAAAAUGAUUAAUGGUGAAAAACAGAAAGUGUUCGUUCGGAGUAAAGCAGUCAAACGUUUGGAUAAUCUUUUGUGGCCAGUUAUAGCUAGAUAUUUUCCAAAUUGACUCUGGAUUUUAAAAAAAAUAGGAAAGAGUAUUCUUAAAUCUUCCGUCGCCAGCACAAAGUCCGGAUCUCAAUCUAAUUGAAAACGUGUGGCGAGUGCUGAAAAUACGACUCAAGAGACGAGUAAACGAAGUCCGGAACGCAGAGGACUUUAAACGGGUAGUAAAUGACGUCUGGUUCAGCCUUCCAAUUCAGUUCACAAUACAUCUUCAGCACACACGCAGCUUGCCGGGCAGUAUACGUCAUGUGUAAAGAGCUAGGGGACAUAUAAACAAGUACUAAAUUUUUAAGGAAAGUGUGGCAUUCUGACUGGGAAGGACAACAUUAUUCGUACAUAAUGGUAAACAUCAUUGUGAUUGGUGCCGGAGUUGUUGGUCUCUCUACAGCGGUCAAUUUACAGAGGGUUCUGCCAGGAGUAAAGGUCAAGGUCGUUGCUGACAGGUUCUAUGACGAAACGACAAGCAUUGGAGCUGGAGGAAUCUUCUUACCUACAACAACAAAUAUCCCCGGGAUACCUUCUGACACACUGAAGCGAUGGUGUGAGACGUCUUGGAGUGCCUACUCCAAAAUGGCAACCUCCGACCUAGCAAAUACCACUGGACACAUAGUAUCGCAUGGGUACCUGUUCAAGAAAACUAAGACAAAGACGCCGUUGUAUGCCAGUAUUGUGUUCUCAUACCGGGAAAUGCUGCCAGACGAACUCAUCCGACUAGGAGUCAACAGCAGCUUUAUAUUCGGAUAUGAGAUAACAACAAUAAUCACUAAUAUGAGGAAAUAUCUGUCCUGGCUGAUGAAACAAUUCACAGAUAACGGUGGCAUGGUGGAAAAGAGGAAAAUCGGAAGUUUAAGUGAAUUGUACGGUCAUUGUGAUGUAGUGGUCAACUGUUCCGGACUGGGCAGUCAGCAGCUCUGUGGAGACAAACUCAUAUAUCCAGUGCGUGGACAGGUUAUAAGGGUGGAUGCUCCCUGGGUGAAGGACUGGAUCUAUACUGACACAAUGACACAUAUACUUCCGAGCGAUGAUUAUACUUUGCUCGGGGGAGUGAAAGAUAGAGAAAACUCUUCCAUGAUGCCAGAUCAGUCUAUCAAACAAGGAAUUCUGGACAGGUGCCACGAAGUAUGGCCUGCGAUAAAGGGAGCGCGGAUAAUAGGAGAUUGGGUAGGUCUGAGGCCAAUGAGAAACCCUAUCAGACUAGAAAAGGAAACUAUACGACUACCAAACGGAAUGUUGAGGGUUGUGCAUAACUAUGGCCAUGGGUCCAAUGGUGUGGCUCUAGGCUGGGGAACCGCUGUUGACGCGACAGAAAUGGUUAAAGAGCUAAUAUCUGGGAUAACGUCGUCGAAACUCUAAAGUUGUCUUAGCAUUGUUAAAAAUGGAAUAACAAGUUGUGGCUUCAAUUUGUACGGAUACCAUUAUAUAAGAAAGGCGAUCCUGCUAAAGCGACAGAAAAAUAGUAUACAGUAUGAAACACAUCACCAUUCAUUGGUUAUGUAAUGCAAAAAAUGUUAGCUGAUUUUUUGGAUUUUGACGACAAUGUUUAUUUUACAUUUUCCUGGCUUCGAUUUACUCAUGCAAAGUAUAAUGUAUGUACAAUAUUUCUUAAUUACUUUUGUACGUUUGUUAAUUUUUUUUAUUAUAUAACGAAUAAAAGCA